UGCUUCACUUUCUCAUUCUUGGAAUGAAUUUGGAAAUGACUUUUGAUGACUUCAAGAGCAAGACUAUGAAGGAUAAACCUGAUCAGAAGCCAAAUGGAAAGAAAGCUAAAGGUCUUCAUUUUCUUUCUUCUCGGUGGUGGUGCCCUGCUGCUGUGACACUAGGGAUCCUUUGCUUGGGAUUACUGGUGACUCUUAUUUUACUGGCAAUGCAAUUAUCACAGGUGUCUAAUCUCCUAAAGAAACAACAAGCAAACCUUACUCACCAGGAAAUUAUACUGGAGGGACAAAUCUUAGCACAGCAGCAGGCAGAAAAAACUUCCCAGGAGUCAGAAAGGGAACUCAAAAAAACAAUAGAAACCCUGACCCAGAAGCUUGAUGAAAAAUCAAAAAAACAGAUGGAACUUCAUCACCAGAACCUGAAUCUCCAAGAUGCUCUGAGGAAAGCAGCAAACUUUUCAGGUCAUUGUCCCCAGGACUGGCUCUGGCAUGAAGAAAACUGUUACCUAUUUUCCUCUGGCCCAUUUAAUUGGGAAAAAAGCCAGGAGAACUGCUUGUCUUUGGAUGCCCAGAUGCUGAUAAUUAAUAGCACAGAGGAUCUGGAAUUCAUCCAGCAAGCAAGUUCCCAUUCCAAUUUCCCAUUCUGGAUGGGGUUGUCUCUGAGGAAUCCCAGCAGCUCAUGGCUCUGGGAGGACGGCUCUCCUUUGAUGCCUCACUUGUUUAGACUCCAGGGUCCUGUUUCCUACGUCUAUCCUUCAGGCAGCUGUGCAUAUUUACAAAGAGGAGCUGUUUUUGCUGACAACUGCAUUUUAAGUGCAUUCAGUAUAUGUCAGAAGAAAGCGAAUCUAUUGAGAGCACCAUGAAGCCAAAGACUGUGGAAGAAAAGAGGGAGUGUUCUCUUCUGGAAUUUAAGUUGCUUUUCGUCACUAGGUGCAAACCAUGAGAGCCCUGAAAACUGUGUGUUGUUAGUUGACUGCAGAACUUCUUAGCAGAGAGCCUGGGCUUCCAGCUGCCUGGCACCUUGAUAGCAGAAAUUUGGAUUCUGUCUGUCUCUCUGUUUUUCACCUAGGCUGUCCCAAGUUUCCCUGCCAGCCCUUCAAUCCUUGUUGCCUUUUUUAGUUUAAAGCCUUACUCUUCUGUAAGUCUUAGGAGCCCUUUGUACUCAAUCCUCUACCUCAGUACCACCUUCCCCUCACCCUCCUAAACCACAUAGGAGAUCGAAGGAACUUGGAGAACUGGCCCAACCACAGGCAGAGAGAGGAAAAGGGGAAAUAUGCAUGUCAACAGAGCCCAUGAAGGAACAGAAAAGGGGAAAGGCCAUACUGGGAUCCAGAAACUUGUGUUCUCAAUGUUAAAAGCUACCCUUUGUUGGUCUUCUAAAUUGUGGUCUUUCUCCAGAUUACACACGUGCACACACAACACACCCACCUAUGCCACAUCAUCACAUUUUGGGGCAACAGGGAUGUCCCAGGACGUAGUUACAAACUGAAUGAUCUUGCCAGUCAAUUAAUCACAAUUCAUUAUUAGUUUCAGAAUCUAUAUUUCUUCACCCUUUCUCUAUCAAAGGACAGCUUCAAUGCCUUACCCCUUCAGAAUAGUAUUUGUUAGAAUCACGGGCCUGAGGCAAAAAUAGUUUUUUGUUUGUUUGUUUAUCUGAAAUACACACCAUUUGUAGAUUUCUUCUCAACUCUGUUGUGCUGUGCUAAUGUGGAAACAUACAAGGACAAAAUAUGAGCGCAUUCAGUUAAAGAACAAAUUGAGCCAGGUAUGGAAAUAAAGAUGAAUAGAAACAGAUGGAAUUAGAAGCAUUCCUUUAUUUCCAGUAUUUCUAUUCCCUACCUCCCUUCACAGGUUAUUCUACUUUAAAGGAAGCCUUUUUAUUUUGUUGCACAUAAUCUAGCACAGACUUUUUUUUGUUUUAAAGAGAAACCUGUUUUGUUCCUAGGAAGACAAGAGAUUUUCUCUUUUAUUAACAUGUUCAUUGAGGUUUAAUCGGCAUAUAACAAACUGAACCUAUUUAAAGUACACAAUAGUUAAGUUUUCAUAUAUAUGAACAUGUCCUCUUGAAAUCACUACCACAAUUAGGAUAGUGAACAUUUCCAUCAUCCCUCUGACUUUUAUCUUGCCCCUCCCUCAUGCCUUCUCCUUGGACAACCACCAAUCUGCUUUCGGUUUGUGUUUUGUAGCAUUUUACCUGAAUGAAGUCAAACAGUAUGCCUUUUUGUUUAUUUUUGGUCUUAGCAUAAUCAUUUUGAGAUUCAUCCAUCUUCUUGCUUGCAUCAAUUCUUUCAUUCCUUUUAAAUGUUGAGUAUUAUUCCAUUGUAUGAAUAUACCCCAUUUUGUUGAUAAAUUACCUGUUGAUAACCAUUUGGUUGUUUUCAGUAUUUGUCUAUCACAAAUAAAGGUGCUAGAAACAUUUGAGCGCAAGUCUUUGUAUAUACAUGGCAUUUCUGUUGGGUAAAUGCUUAGGAGUUUAAUGUCAGGAUCACUCAAUAGGUGUAUGUUCAGCUAUUUGAGAAAUUGUCAAAUUAUUUUCCAAAGUUUUUCCAUUUGAUAUUUCUACCAGCAGAGUAUGAAUGUUCCAAUCCCACCUAUCCUUUCUAACACUUGGUAUGGUGAGUCUUGUAAUUAUAACCAUUAUCAUAGGUGUAUGGUGGUAUAUUGCUGUGGUUUAACUUGCAUUUCGUAAGUGAAGAAAUAAUCUUGAGGUCUUUUUAUCUACUUCUAUUGCUUAUAUACUAUCUACAUAUUUUCCUUGAUAACGUAAUGUACAACUCUUCUGAGAAGUUUUGAGUUGUAUGUUUUUUAUUGUUACAUUUUGAGAGCCCUUUGCAUAUGUCGGGUAAAAGUCCUUUAUCAGAUGUCCUUUGAUCUUUUUUGUUUUUGUUUUUCAGUUUAUGGUUUGACUUUUCAUUCUCUGGAAAAGCAGUUUUAAAUUUUGAUAAAAGCCAUUUUCGUGUUUUUAACUGGUGUUCCUAAGAACUUGUUGCCAAACUCAAAGUCACAAAAUUUUCUCCUGUAUUUUCUUAUAGAUAUUUUAUAUUUCCAGGUUUUACAUGGCAUGGAAAUCUAGAACUUAUUUUGGGUUAUGUAUUUGUUUUUGAGUCAUGUAUUAGUCUAAGUCAUGUACUAAAGUUCUCUCUCUCUUUAUUGUUAUAUUUAUUUUGCAUAUGGAUAUUCAAUUGAUUUAGCAACAUUUGUUGAAAAGACUAUCCUUUUUUCACUACAUUACAUUUGCACUUUUGUCAACAAUCAGUUACCCAAACAUGCAUGGGCCUAUUUCUGUCUCUCUAUUCUGUUCCAUUGAUCUCCUUAUAUAUUUUUACAAUAUGACUAUGAAUGUUGCAGUUUCUCAAAAUCAUGCAGUGAUAAUUCUUCAACGUUGUUCUUUUCCAAGUUUGGUUAAUCUAUGUCUUUGUAUUUCCAUGUUAACUUUUGAAUCAGCUUAUUAAUUUCUAAAAACAAAUGAGCGAACUGUUGAAAUUUUAAAUGUGAUUAUAUUGAAUCUUUUAGAAAAAAAUUGGGUAAAAUUGUAAUUUAAAAAAUACUGAUUUGUUCAACUAAUAAACAAGAUAUAUC